ACGAGGAGCGUCUCCAAGAUCAUCGACGCGUCCUACGAGCGCGCCGUGUCGCUGCUCACCGAGCACCGCGACAAGCUCACCGCCCUGGCCGAGUCGCUGCUCGAGAAGGAGGUGAUCGGCUCGGACGACCUGAUCCGCGUGCUCGGCGAGCGGCCCUUUUCAAAGUCGGUCGACUACGAUGAGUUUGUCAACGCCUCGUGGAAGCGGAAGCUUGAGACGGCGGACGACGCGGGCGAGGACGCCGGAGGGGGCGGCGGCGGCGGGAGCGGCGGUGGCGGCGGCGAGGAGCUGCCGCCGGCACAGGCGGCCGCGUGAGGAGAGAGGACAGAGCUUUUGGAGGUGCGUGGCGGGAGGGCGGCGCGGCUGUGGUACGGGCGAGGCGCGGGUCGUCGGAGACCGCAUGUGACUGUACUGUUGUCGGUGGGCGUGCGCGCGCUGUGGGUGUUGCGGCGGUGUUGCAAGAGCGGGGAACCCGGGCCGGUGGCGAGAGGGGUGGGUGCGCUGACGGCACUGUGCUGUCCCGACCGCUCCCGCGUGAAGCCGGACUCUCACAACACACAGGCGUCAGGCCGCAUGUGCGCGGCGCGUGGUGUUGCGCUGAUAUAAUAAGUUGAACGGCACGAUACGAC